GGGGGGGAGCCGACGUGCCGACGUUGGCGCCGCGGCUGGCGGGUGACGUGUAGGCCCGCGACUGCUCCGCCCCGUCCCUCCUCCUCCUCCCGGCCGGGUCCGUGGGUCUGUCCGGCGGCCUGGGCGCGCCGGGCCCGUGACUUGGGAGGGAUUCCCCCGCUUCACCCCCCACCCCCGGCAGCCCGGCGGUGCAGCUGCCCGCGGGGCAUCCUCAGUCCCGCCUCCGGCUCCCCCACCUCGACCCUCCCUCCCCCCCCCACCACACACACACACACACAACACGCGGCGCGCGGAGUCGGGAUCCUCAGCGGGGAGGAGGGAGGGCGGCAGCGAGUCGGCGGCAGGGCACCCGGCGAGAGAGAGUUGCAGUUUCUCAUUGUAUGGAUCAGUGAUUGAGUAAUAGAUGGCUUUACCUCGACUCACGGGAGCCUUGCGCUCCUUUUCAAAUGUCACCAAGCAAGAUAAUUAUAAUGAAGAAGAGUCUGACUUAAAGUUGAAGCGAUCUAAACUUCAUGAACAAACUGGAAGUUUAGACCUGGCAUGGGAAAAGAUAAUAGCAUUUUUGAAUGAAAAACUGGAAAAAAGUGAAAUGCAGAGUGUAAAUGAAGACUUGAAAGAUAUAUUGCAGGCUGCAAAACAAAUAGUUGGAAUGGAUAAUGGGAAAGAAGCAAUUGAAAGCGCAGCUGCAUUUCUCUUCAAGACUUUUCACUUGAAGGACACUGUGGGACACAAGGAAACAAAAGCUAUCAAGCAGAUGUUUGGUCCUUUCCCAUCAUCAUCUGCCACUGCAGCAUGUGAUGCAACUAACAGAAUUGCUUCUCACUUCCAUCAAGAUAGUCUUACUGCUCUUGUCCAGGGAUCAAAAGAGGACCGUGGCGAUGAUAAAGUUUUAUUUGGUAAAAAUUUAGUAUUUUCAUUUGAAAUGCAUGAUUUGGAGCACUUUGAUGAACUGCCGAUAAACGGUGACUCCCAGAAAACAAUAAGCCUAGAUUACAAGAAAUUUCUGAAUGAACAUUUUCAGGAGCAUUCUACCCCAGAGCUUAAGCCUGUGGAAAAAUCAAAUGACUCUCUUUUGUGGUGUGAAGUUGAGAAGUACUUAAAUGCAACUUUAAAUGAAAUGGCUGAAACAACAAGAAUAGAAGAUCUUUGCUGUACUUUAUAUGAUAUGCUUGCUUCUGGUAAAAGUGGUGAUGAACUUCAGAAUGAGUUUUUUGAACUGCUGGGACCUGAUGGACUUGAACUUAUUGAGAAGCUUCUCCAGAACAGAAUUACAAUUGUGGAUAGAUUUCUAAAUUCUUCAAAUGAUCAUAAGUUGCAGACUCUUCAAGACAACUGCAAAAAAAUUUUAGGAGAAAACACUAAACCUAAUUAUGGUUGUCAAGUCACUAUUCAGUCUGAACAAGAAAAGCAGUUAAUGAAACAAUAUCGCCGCGAAGAAAAAAGAAUUGCCAGGCGAGAAAAAAAGGCUGGUGAAGAUGGAGAAAUUUCAGAAGGACUUGCAUGCUUUGAUCCAAAGGAAUUGCGGAUACAAAGAGAGCAAGCUCUUCUGAAUGCAAGAAGUGCUCCAAUUCUUAGCAGGCAGCGAGACAUGGAUGUUGAAAAAAUACGUUAUCCGCAUGUCUAUGAUUCUCAGGCUGAAGCUAUGAAAACAUCAGCAUUCAUUGCUGGUGCCAAGAUGAUUUUACCAGAAGGAAUUCAAAGGGAGAAUAACAAGCUAUAUGAGGAAGUAAAGAUUCCCUACAGUGAACCAAUGCCAAUUGGUUUUGAAGAAAAACCAGUUUUUAUUCAAGACUUAGAUGAGAUCGGGCAGUUGGCUUUUAAAGGAAUGCGGAGGCUCAAUCGGAUCCAGUCGAUUGUUUUUGAAACUGCCUACAACACCAAUGAGAACAUGCUGAUUUGUGCUCCUACUGGAGCAGGAAAGACCAAUAUUGCAAUGCUUACCAUCCUGCAUGAAAUUCGCCAACAUUUUCAACAAGGUGUUAUCAAAAAGAAUGAAUUUAAGAUUGUGUAUGUUGCUCCAAUGAAAGCCUUGGCAGCAGAAAUGACAAACUACUUCAGCAAACGGCUGGAGCCCCUGGGCAUUGUUGUUAAAGAACUCACUGGUGAUAUGCAGUUGUCGAAAAGUGAAAUUUUGCGAACUCAGAUGCUUGUGACCACGCCAGAAAAGUGGGAUGUAGUGACGAGGAAGAGUGUCGGGGAUGUAGCUCUCUCCCAGAUCGUGAAGCUUCUCAUCCUCGACGAAGUUCACUUGUUGCAUGAAGACAGAGGCCCGGUACUUGAGAGCAUUGUUGCUCGUACGUUACGCCAGGUUGAAUCCACACAGAGUAUGAUAAGGAUUCUUGGCCUUUCUGCUACGUUACCCAACUACCUCGAUGUUGCACAGUUUUUACAUGUUAAUCCCUUCAUUGGACUCUUCUACUUUGAUGGCCGUUUUCGACCCGUUCCUCUUGGACAGACGUUUUUGGGGGUUAAAAGUGCAAAUAAGGUGCAGCAACUGAAUAACAUGGAUGAAGUAUGCUAUGAAAAUGUUUUGAAGCAAGUAAAGGCUGGACACCAGGUGAUGGUGUUUGUCCAUGCUCGAAAUGCCACAGUAAGAACAGCCAUGUCUCUUAUAGAAAGAGCAAAAAAUAAUGGUCAGAUUUCUUGCUUUUUACCUACACAAGGACCUGAAUAUGGACAUGCAGAAAAACAGGUUCAGAGGUCAAGAAAUAAGCAAGUAAGAGAAUUAUUCCUUGAUGGCUUUAGCAUUCACCAUGCUGGAAUGCUCCGGCAGGACAGAAAUUUGGUUGAACACUUGUUUUCUAAUGGCCACGUCAAAGUCUUAGUCUGUACAGCUACAUUAGCCUGGGGUGUCAAUCUCCCUGCUCACGCUGUUAUUAUUAAGGGAACACAAAUAUAUGCUGCAAAAAGAGGCUCCUUUGUUGACCUUGGAAUUUUAGAUGUCAUGCAGAUAUUUGGUCGAGCUGGAAGACCACAGUUUGAUGUGUUUGGGGAAGGAAUUAUCAUCACAACUCAUGAUAAACUCAGCCAUUAUCUCACUUUGCUCACUCAACAAAAUCCUAUUGAGAGUCAGUUUCUGGAAAGCCUUGCGGAUAACCUUAAUGCAGAGAUUGCUCUGGGAACAGUUACUAAUGUGGAAGAAGCAGUGAAGUGGAUAAGUUACACUUAUCUUUAUGUACGGAUGAGAGCAAAUCCAUUAGUAUAUGGCAUCAGUCACAAAGCUUAUCAGAUGGACCGAACAUUAGCAAAACAUCGAGAACAGUUGGUCAUUGAAGUUGGACGAAAACUAGACAAAGCUCGGAUGAUUCGUUUUGAGGAGCGAACUGGGUAUUUUUCUUCAACAGACUUGGGUAGAACCGCCAGCCACUACUAUAUUAAAUAUAGUACAAUUGAGACCUUCAAUGAACUCUUUGAUGCUCACAAAACAGAAAGUGAUAUUCUUGCUAUAGUCUCAAAAGCUGAAGAAUUUGAUCAAAUUAAGGUGAGAGAAGAGGAAAUAGAGGAGCUAGAUACAUUAUUAAACAACUUCUGUGAACUCUCCGCACCUGGAGGUGUAGAGAACAGUUACGGGAAAAUAAAUAUCCUACUUCAGACUUACAUCAGCCGAGGGGAGAUGGACAGUUUCUCCCUUAUAUCAGAUUCUGCCUAUGUUGCACAGAAUGCAGCUAGAAUUGUCCGUGCUCUUUUCGAAAUUGCUCUGAGGAAACGCUGGCCUGCCAUGACCUACAAGCUCCUGAAUCUUAGUAAAGUCAUCGACAAGAGGCUGUGGGGUUGGGCUAGCCCUUUGAGGCAAUUUUCAGUCUUACCACCACACAUUCUGACAAGAUUAGAAGAGAAAAAUCUUAGCGUGGAUAAACUGAAAGACAUGAGGAAAGAUGAAAUAGGUCACAUGCUGCAUCAUGUGAAUAUUGGCCUCAAGGUCAAACAGUGUGUUCAUCAGAUUCCAUCAGUUACAAUGGAAGCAUCUAUUCAGCCCAUCACACGGACUGUCCUCCGGGUAACACUGAGCAUCUGUCCUGAUUUCUCAUGGAGUGACCAGGUCCAUGGGACAGUAGGAGAACCCUGGUGGAUUUGGGUGGAAGAUCCAACAAAUGAUCAUAUUUACCAUUCAGAGUACUUUCUCAUUCUAAAAAAACAGGUCAUUAAUAAAGAAGCGCAAAUGCUGGUGUUUACAAUUCCUAUUUUUGAGCCUUUGCCUUCCCAGUACUAUAUCCGAGCAGUGUCUGAUAGAUGGCUGGGAGCUGAGGCUGUGUGUAUUAUCAAUUUUCAACACCUGAUUCUACCGGAGAGGCAUCCUCCACAUACAGAAUUACUGGAUCUUCAGCCUCUACCAGUCACAGCUUUGGGAUGUGAGGCAUAUGAAGCUUUGUACAAUUUCAGCCACUUCAACCCCGUACAGACGCAGAUAUUUCAUACUCUCUACCAUACAGACUGUAAUGUCUUACUUGGAGCACCCACUGGAUCAGGAAAGACUGUUGCAGCUGAAUUGGCCAUUUUCAGAAUCUUCAACAAGUACCCUACCUCAAAGGCUGUAUAUAUUGCACCCCUAAAAGCCCUAGUACGUGAAAGAAUGGAUGACUGGAAAGUUAGGAUAGAAGAAAAACUGGGAAAACGUGUUAUUGAACUAACAGGAGAUGUUACUCCUGAUAUGAAAUCCAUUGCCAAAGCUGACCUUAUUGUCACCACACCCGAGAAGUGGGACGGUGUAAGCAGGAGCUGGCAGAAUCGGAACUAUGUAAAGCAGGUCACUAUUCUCAUCAUAGAUGAGAUCCAUCUACUUGGGGAAGAAAGAGGCCCUGUUCUAGAGGUCAUUGUAUCGAGAACAAAUUUUAUCUCAUCACACACAGAAAAGCCUGUUAGAAUAGUUGGACUAUCUACUGCAUUAGCCAAUGCCAGAGACCUUGCUGACUGGCUCAAUAUAAAUCAGAUGGGCUUGUUCAAUUUCCGUCCAUCAGUACGUCCAGUUCCACUAGAGGUUCACAUUCAAGGCUUCCCAGGUCAACAUUACUGUCCUCGGAUGGCUAGUAUGAAUAAGCCUACAUUUCAGGCAAUUAGAAGCCAUUCUCCAGCCAAACCUGUUUUGAUAUUUGUCUCCUCAAGACGUCAGACUCGUCUUACUGCUUUGGAAUUGAUAGCCUUCCUGGCCACUGAAGAAGAUCCAAAGCAAUGGCUGAAUAUGGAUGAAAGAGAGAUGGAGAACAUCAUUGGAACUCUAAGAGACUCCAACCUGAAGCUGACCCUUGCUUUUGGCAUAGGGAUGCAUCAUGCUGGGUUACAUGAAAGGGACCGAAAAACUGUAGAGGAGCUGUUUGUAAAUUGCAAAGUUCAGGUUCUUAUUGCCACAAGUACAUUAGCCUGGGGUGUAAACUUCCCGGCUCAUUUAGUAAUUAUUAAGGGAACGGAAUAUUAUGAUGGGAAAACAAGACGUUAUGUGGACUUUCCAAUUACAGAUGUACUCCAGAUGAUGGGGCGUGCUGGGAGACCUCAGUUUGAUGAUCAAGGCAAAGCUGUAAUUCUGGUUCAUGACAUCAAGAAAGAUUUUUAUAAAAAAUUUCUUUAUGAACCUUUUCCAGUAGAAUCAAGCUUGUUAGGCGUGCUUGCUGACCAUUUAAAUGCAGAGAUUGCUGCUGGCACAAUAACAUCUAAGCAAGAUGCUAUGGACUAUAUCACAUGGACUUACUUCUUUCGACGCCUGAUCAUGAACCCCAGCUACUAUAAUUUGAGUGACGUGAGCCAUGAUUCUGUGAACAAGUUUCUCUCAAAUCUGGUUGAGAAGUCCCUGAUUGAAUUGGAGCAUUCCUAUUGUAUUGAAAUUGGAGAGGAUAACCGGAGCAUUGAACCUCUGACACAUGGUCGAAUUGCCUCUUACUACUAUCUGAAGCAUCAAACUGUUAAAAUGUUCAAGGAGCGUUUGAAGCCUGAAUGUGGUGUUGAAGAGUUGCUCUCAAUUCUAAGUGACGCAGAAGAAUACACAGAUUUGCCAGUGAGACACAAUGAAGAUCAUAUGAAUAGUGAACUGGCAAAAUGCCUUCCCUUAGAAACCAAUCCUCACUCAUUUGACAGUCCUCACACCAAAGCGUACCUGCUCCUGCAGGCCCACCUCAGCCGCACCAUGCUGCCCUGCCCAGAUUACGACACCGACACCAAGACAGUUUUGGACCAAGCUCUCAGAGUGUGUCAGGCAAUGCUGGAUGUGGCUGCAGACCAAGGCUGGCUAGUGACCACUCUGAGUAUCACCAACCUGGUCCAGAUGGUAAUCCAGGGUCGAUGGUUAAAAGACUCUUCUCUUCUGACAAUACCAAACAUAGAACAACAUCACCUUUACAUUUUCAGGAAAUGGAGCUCAAAUACUAAGGGCUCCCAUGCUGGAGGCCACAGUGGCUUCAUCGAAUGUCUUCCAGAGCUGAUCCAGGCCUGUGGGGGAAAAGAACGUGUAUUCAGCUCCAUGAUCGAAAACGAGCUCCCUGAAGUUAAAAUGAAGCAGGCAUGGAGCUUCUUAUCCCACUUACCAGUGAUAGAUGUUAGCUUAAGUGUUAAAGGCUGGUGGGAUGAUUCAGAUGAAGGACAUAAUGAACUCUCUAUCACAACUCUGACUUCAGACAAACGAAAUGACAACAGAUGGAUCAAGUUGCAUGCUGAUCAAGAGUAUGUGCUUCAAGUCAGCUUGCAGAGAGUCCACACUGGGUUCCACAAGGGAAGGCCAGACAACCAUGCAGCGACCCCUCGAUUUCCCAAAUUAAAAGAUGAAGGGUGGUUUUUGAUAUUAGGAGAAGUGGACAAGAGAGAACUUAUUGCUUUGAAAAGAGUCAGCUGUGUUAGAAGUCAGAGUGUUGUCUCCAUUUCUUUUUACACACCUGAAAUACCUGGAAGGUAUAUCUAUACACUCUAUUUCAUGAGUGACUGCUACCUGGGUUUGGACCAGCAGUAUGACAUUCAUCUCAAUGUGACGCCGGCAAGCGUUUCCUCACAGAGCAGUGAGGAGGUCUCGGAUUCCUUCCCCGACCUGGAAGUGAAGUAACUGAACCUGAAAAGAGUAUAUGAGAAGAGUAGGGAAUAAGUCUCUGGCUGUUCAGUCAUCGAGAUCAAGUUGCGUUUCUUGAUGUUUGCUCUGGUGAAACCAGCAUCUCACCUCAAGAUCCUGAGAAAUUGACGUCAGCCACGCGGAAGUCACUGCUGUGGCCUUUCAACAAAUACUGCCUUUUAUAAUAUUGUCUUCAUGGGUUUCUCACUCUGUAUGGUGAAUAACUGUGGAGGAGAAUCUUUUAAUGUGUGUACAGUGAGAUGUUAUCUAGGACUUAUGCAGAUGCCACCCCUCACAGUGUCUGGUUUACAAGAGUAUUACCUCCUCUUCCACUAAAGAAAGCUACUCUGUGGCGUGACAGUGUUAGGAUUUGUUGUGACAGAUUUCUAACCCUGCCAUAAGACGUAUCUGAUGCCAUCUCUAAGGUUGCUCACAAAGUGUCUUAUUAGCAAACUUAUCCUUUGAUUACCCAUAGCAGCAGUUUUAUGAAUUUCUUACCGUCGUAAAUAUUAAUAAUAUAUGGUGUAAAUUUCCAUUACCGAGCCCAAUGGUGAAAAAAGAGAAUAGAAUAUACAGAUCCUAGAAAAUGUAGAUACUGUAACUGGUUUAAAUAAAAUAUUUCGAGUGCCACUUCAAGCCAAGAUGACUAAGUUAUUUUUCCUGUUUCUUUCCCAUUGUAGCCCCUCUUCCUCUUCUGUUCUUUUCAUUGCUUCCACUUCAAGAACUGGUGGGUUAAGGGAGGUCUCCCAGGUGGUACUCAGAAGGCCCAGGGCUCCUCCCAGCCAUUCUUGGACAACUGUGCUGUUCAAUGCAAUGGUCAAGAAUGUGGUACUGCUUGGUCUCAUGGUGCCAGGGAUAACCCAGUCACCAUGCUCAGUGCUGGGAAUCUCUAGACCACACCUAGUGGUUCUCAGAGUGCUCUAAGGCUCCACGUGGUGAUGCUUAGAGGAUCAAACUGGAUUCAGCCUUGCCUUUACUAUCUCUCUUGGCCCCUCACUACCCAAAACAAAGUCUAAAUAAUGUGAAUAUAACAAGUAUAAUGUCUGCAGGACUACUUUCAGAGUCCUUUCUGCUUUUUCCUUUUGGCCAUUUCUUUCCUAAAUAAAGUCAUACCUAAAACCA